AUGAAAGGUCAAUAAUAGAGUUAUCUUUUCUAAAUUACAACUAGCGAUAGAGAUUCAGAUUUUUUCGAAUAUAAAUGCAAUAAAAGGAAUCUCUCUUUAAAUGAAAGAGUUAUAUCAAAAGAAAAUGCUACUUCGUUUAUUACAUAAAAUUUAAAUUAUUCUUAUUAAACAGCUGAUUUUAAAAUUGAGACCGCCCAAAAUUAAUUUACUCCGAUUACUCAUUUAUAAGUUAAAAGCAAACUAGAUUUAUUAUAAGAAAAAUAGUUUUAAGACAUAUAAUAGUAAGUUUAAGAAAAUAAUAAAGAACUUUAAAAUAUUAAUUGUAUUCAUAAAAUAAAAAAAGAAAAUUAAUAUUCUUCAUAAAAGAAAAGGAAGUUAUAAAAAAGACCUUUUCAUUUAUACAAAACACCAGAUUGUUCUAGAGUAGCUAAUAUUACUUUAAUAUUCAGAGAAAGUGAAAAAAGUAUGGAACUCAAAAAUUACUCUUUGAAUUUGAUAAAUACAUGCUUUGAAUUAAAAUAAUAGAUACUUUUUGAAUUAAGUCAAAAAUAGCUUCUCAUAACUUAAAAAAUGUCAGGAUAUAUUGAAUGCUCAAAAGUAUUAAUAAAUGGAAAUAUAAUUGAAGAUCAGAUAUUAUUAAAUGAAAUCAAAAAUUAAGUAAUUUUUGAGAUAUAUUAAUUUAAAACUCCAAAUUUCAAUUAAAACUAUCUUUAUUCAUUUAAUCAUGAACAAGUCUAUCAAAAUUAGUUUGAUGGAUUAAGAGUAAAGAAUUUAUAAAUUGUUUAUAAUAAUAAAUAAAUAAUUUGGACAGGAAUAAUUGAUAUUUCAUAUAUAGAUUUUGAAGAGGUAUUAAAAUUAGAUAAUUGUUAUGAAUUAUAUAACAUUAAUAAGUUAGGAUAUUAUAGAAUACCAAAUUAAGGCAAAAAAUUGAAUUGCAAAAGAAUAGUUAAACUUAAUGUACCUGAAGAAUUACUCAUUUUGACUACAGAUGAGAAUGGCUAUAGAGAUAAAUAAUAUUUAGUUAAGAAAUUGUCUGAACAAUGUAAACUGUUGAAUUAAGAGUUUGUUAGUUUAGAUAAUGAAAAUAGAUUUUAUGAAUUUUUAGAAGAAUGA